AUGGCCGAACCAAUCCCCGAUAGCCUGCGACAGGCCGAUAUCACGAGAUUCAUCAAUCGCGCGAACCAGCUGCGUCAAUACAAGCCUGUCAUUACCUACUGGUGCGAGUACUGGGUAGUCAAUCAGAUCCUGGCCAAGGGACUGCACAAUGUUGACGACGAGAGCCUUUCCUAUACGACAAACCUGAUGGACCGACUUGAACAGACCAAAAUAGAGAACGCCCAGGAAGAGGCAAUCAUAGAUGAUGCGGUCGGGCAGGCAUACGUUGAGCAAUUCGCGCAGGACGCUUUCGAGAGGGCAGAGAAGGUUAUGAAAGCGAAUCGAGUCACACGGCAAACCGCCGAUACAUACGACGCUGCUGCAACUUUUCUCUUGCUGGGAAACAUAUGGGGAGCCAUAGACGAGGAGACACAGAAGAAGGUCAAAUACGCGAAGUGGAAUGCUGCUCGCAUACUCAAGGCUAUCAAGGAGGGCAAGGAUCCGAAUGAGACCAACCCCAAACAAGAGGAACCCAAGGAAGUUCUCCCUGCUUUGGAUCCCAACGACCCCGAUGUCCGCGGCCUCACCUCCCCCCCUCCGAAACCCGCCUCUGUCGAGGACGAUCCAGAGACCGAGUUCUACAAAAAGGCUUCUACACCCUCGGAGUCUGUACCUCCCGCCGCGCCGAGCGAACCAGUCCCUACUCAGUCCAGCGUCCUUGAUCUUCCCUCAGUGCCAACAGCGAACGACUUGAACCCUCCUGCGAACCAAAACCAGGGUUAUUUUGACCCCCCCGAAGACUUUCCGCCGUCGCCCCUCAGUCAGAAGGACACGAACGAAGUGGCUGCUUCGGCAAAUGCUCCGUCGGCACCAUCGCCCUAUGUCGCAUCCUCAUCAGGCCCAUCUUUCAGCCCAGAGAAUGCCACUUUGCCGUGGCAGCCGCCUAAGAUAGCUCCACCGCACGUCGCCGAAUCAACUCCGCCACCCGCCCCGAAACAAUCCAAGCCCCCGUCAGCUGCGCAGCAGCCCAAAGCACCUGUGGUUCCCGCCUCGCACAACUCAUGGACCCCAAGCAGCGCCCCGUCGGAUGAUAUGGACUUGCCCAAGGCACAGAAGCACGCAAAAUGGGCAAUCUCUGCUUUGAACUUUGAAGACGUACCAACGGCGGUAAAGGAGCUCCGUAAUGCGCUUGCGGCGCUGGGCGCGCAGUAG